GUGGGGCUGGCGCAGCGGGGCAGGCAGAGGGCAGGUCUGGGAGCUCCUGGGACGCGGCGCUUCCCUGGAUCAGGGGCUGUUCCCAUCGGAUCCUGCUUGGUGUCUUUCCCCCCCUCCCUCAGGAUGCUGCCCCUUUUCAUCCUGGCCGUGGCCCUGCCCCUGCCCCGUGUGGCUGCGGGGGGCAUCUCCUGCUAUGACGAUGCUGGGCAGCCCGUGGACUGGUUCCUGGCCUACAAGCUGCCCCGGCCCCAGCACAGCCCCCCAGCCGAGGGCAUGCGCUACAUGUACCAGGAUGCCCGCUCCGGCGGCUGGGUGUCCGGCCGCGCCCUCAUGAACAGCACCCAGAGUGCCGUGGGCAGGACCCUGCUGCAGCUCUACCAGGGGGCAAACAGGCGGACGGAGGACACGGCCUACAUCCUGUACAAUGACCAGCCCCCAAAGAACGUCACUUCCUCCACCAGCACCAGGGGGCACACCAAGGGCGUGGUCCUGCUGGACAGAGCCCAGGGUUUCUGGAUGCUGCACAGCACCCCCCACUACCCGCCCCCUGUGCCGGAGACCUACGCCUGGCCCCACAGCGGCCUGCACAACGGCCAGUCCUUCCUGUGCGUCACCUUCCCCUACGCCCAGUUCAAGGAGAUUGGCACCCAGCUGAGGUUCUCCGACCCCGAGGUGUUCGACGCCCGGGUGCAGGGGGUCUUCGCCCAGGACCUGCCCGACCUGCGCCUGGCCUCCGAGAUGAAGCACGUGCAGGAGCCCCCCUGGAACCGCAGCGUGGCCCUGACCUCCCUGGGGGGGCGCCGCUUCCGGAGCCUGGCCAAGUUCCGGCUCUUCCACGACGAUCUCUACUCCGGCUGGCUGGCCCAGGCGCUCUCCAGCGACCUCUACGUCCAGUUCUGGCCCAACUCGCGGGGGGUCCUGCCCUCCAACUGCUCAGGGCCCUACCGGGUGUAUAACAUCGAGGAGUUGGGCUUCCCGGCCCCGGGGCCCGACUUCUCAGCCACCGUUGACCACUCCAAGUGGUGCGUGAGCACCGAGAGCGCGCCCGGCUGGGCCUGCGUGGGCGACAUGAACCGCAACCUGGAGGAGGAGCAGCGGGGUGGGGGCACCCUCUGCCAGCAGGACCCAGCUGUCUGGAAAUCGUAUUAUGCCCUGGUGCAGGACUAUAGCAAGUGCAAGGAGGGGAGCGGGGGCUAGUGGGUGGAGGUGGGAUGGGGAGUCAGUCACUGCCCCUUGACUCUCUAGGGGGAACCUUUCUGUGCCUCAGUUUCCCCAUCUGGGACAAUUGCACUUACCUACCUCUCUGGGGCAGUGGGGUGGGGGGAUUCAAUGGUGCCUGCGAAGCAGUGGGGGUCUCCAUGCCCCUGUAUAAAUACAAUAAUUAUCCUGUGA